AAAAACCCCCACUUUUCUGAAAAAGAAAUGUCUAUGGAUUAGGAAGGUCUGCCUCCCAGAGGAAGAUGCAGGUAGCCCAAAUAUUUGAUGAUUCCAGGACGGGCAGAUAUACAAGUUAUGAAACUGUUUGUACCUUGAAGAAUAAGGAGAAGAAGAGGAAAAGACAAAGAGGAGUAGGAGAAAAAGAAUAGAAGGAGGAGGAGGAAGAAGGGAAAGAGGACUAGAAGAAAACUACAAUAAUAACAACAGUGUUGAGAGCACAAGAUCACACCAUUGGGUUUUGCUUUAUAUUGUGGAAAACACUGUUGCAUCCAUUUUACUAAAAGCCGUGUGUCAUUAUUGUAGUCCCCAAAUUGUCAGGGAUCCAAAUAUUACUGCCUUCUUGGUUUCUACAAACAGGGCACAGGCUGGCUGGGCUCCCCUUGGGGCACACUAUUGUGUCCUGGUCCUACGCCAGGCUGACACUUUGCUUCAUUCCUGGGAGGGACUAAGGUGUCUCCCUGGGGAAUAAAUAGAGCAGGGCUGGGUGCUCACCUCCACAGCAGCUUCCUUGAUCCCUGCCACGCACGACUGAACACAGACAGCAGCCGCCUCGCCAUGAAGCUGCUAAUGAUCCUCAUGCUGGCGACUCUCGCUCUGCACUGCUAUGCAGAUUCUGGCUGCAAACUCCUGGAGGAUGUGGUUGAAAAGACCAUCAAUUCUGACAUAUCUAUACCUGAGUACAAAGAGCUUCUUCAAGAAUUCACAGACAGCGAGGCCGCCGCAGAGGCUAUGGGGAAGUUCAAGCAGUGCUUCCUCAGCCAGUCACACAGAACUCUGAAAAACUUCGGACUGAUGAUGCAUACAAUGUACGACAGUAUUUGGUGUAAUUAAGAGUAAUUAACUUUACACAAGGCGUUUGGCUCAGAGGACUACAGACUAUGGCCAGAACUCAUCUGUUGAUUGCUAGAAGCCACUUUUCUUUCUUGUGUUGUCUUUUUAUAUGUGGAAACUGCUGGACAAUUGUUGAAACCUCAAAUUCAUUUCCAUUUCAAUAAACUAACUGCAAAUCACUAAAA